CGGUGCUCCCCAAAAUGCUAUUUCCACUGAUCUUUGUUUGGAGUGGAAGCCUUUGAAAGCUAGCAACCGGCAUUGCUGCAGAUGUUAUUGUUGUUGCUGCUGCUGUUGAUACUGGUCCACUUUGCAGGGCUGUUGUGCGAACUUAUGGGAAGCCUUUUGAGCCUUGCCAGGAAAUGCCUGGAAACAGCUAAUAAUCACUCAUUUGGCCCCAGGUGGUCCCCAUAAGUUAAGAAUAGCCUGCUUAAAUAGGUUAUCUGUUGGGUUGUGGGUUUUUUUCCCUUUUGUUUUUUUUAAACCUCUCUUAAAGGAGAGGACCCUUAAAUAAACGUGGACGUUGCAGCCAGAGUGAGCAAGAAGUUGUCUCUAAUCCGUGAAAUCUUCAAACCGGCUGCACUGCGGUUACAUGAUUAGUCAGAAGUGUGUCUUGCUGUGUUCAUCCAGGAAGAGCCGGUGCAACGUGGUACAAGGGUAUUCAGAAUUGGGCCCUGGGGUGACCAGAUGGGCCGACAGCUCCUAAGACUUUUGCUGCAGAGCAGAUGGAGGUGAGCUACGGCUGCAGCAGCUCCGUUCCAGAGGAUUCAGACGAUAACUUUGCCUCCUUCAGUGAAGGAAAGGAAGGAGAACCCUCCAGGAACUACGAGAAUGACCCAUUUGAAUCUUAUUCUUCUGGAGAGAAGUCGGAAUUGCCUUCAGCGUCGGAUCAGUCUGAGAGCACGUGGCAGUCAUCCGGUCAAAAUGAUGAAGUAGGACAAGAUCCUGAAUUUUUGAACCCUCUAGCAGUCGGAGAGUAUAUACCUGAGAAAUGGAUCAGCCUUCUGCAGAACAAGAGAGCUGGCACGGAGGUAGCCAGAACUGCCAGGGAGCCAAAUAAAGGAAUUUCUGAGGUAUCUGAAGAAGAACGGGGUGCUCGGCAAUCUUUUUGUGCCAUCAAGAUUAACCAGCUCCGUCGUCCACCAAGCUUAGCGCCACCGAAGAGGAAUAAGCGGAAUGAUCAGAGGCAUGGAUGCGCUUCAGAGGGAAAUCUGACGUGUGAUUUGAACUGCAUUGUGCCUGAUCAGCUACUGAACAGGCUCCGUCUGAAAAAUAUCAAGGAGGCUGUGAAACAGAUAGCAGAAACCGAAAUGCAUCACCCUUCACAGUGUUUCCCAUGCAUGGAGAAGAAAGCAGAGUUGGCCAAAUCUGCUUUUCUCAGACGAAGCAAGACCUUGGUGGAGGAGGUUUUGCUUCAGGAGAAGCUGGAAGAACAUCUGUAUGCCAAAGAUUCUCUCACCCUCAUUGGCGAAAUCCACAGAACCCUUCCUAAGCUUUCUGAGGAUCCCAAGAACAUAUGGUGGAAGCUGAACGAGCGGGGCCUGAAAGCGUCGAGCGGUGCCUUGUUCGUUGCAAAGAUUAAUUAAAGGAGACGAGGAAAAUAGGUUGACUCCACACACUCCGAGUGACACAGAGCCAGCCUUUGUGAGACACACAAACACCUGCUGUGGAAUUGCCAGCUUUGCACCCUAGUCCCCGUGCAAAGAAAGCAAUAUGCUCUCCUUUACCAAGAGAUGUUUUUCAAAUUACGGAAGGGGGCUUUAUCAUUAUUCUGACAAGCUGUAAGUAUUGGUUUGUGUGCAUUCCUUUUUGGGGUUGCGAGCAACUUGCAGCUGCCGCCACCACCUGUAAGGAAAACAAUUGGUUCUGUUUGUCAAGGCGGGGAGGUGUAAUGAUAGGAUUUCGGCUCGGUCCGUGCCUGCUGCCACUUGUUGAAUUGAAUGCCAGAGUCCCACGUAGAAGAAGGGCGCCCUGGGUGGGAGGGAAAAAAAACCCAGAAGAAACCAAAUGAGGUGUUCUAAAUUGCUGGCGAAAUGAAAAAUGCAGCCUGGAAUUAAUCCACAACCCCGAGGAUCCCACAGCAAUAAGCCGUGAUAUUAAAUUAGUAAUGUCAGCUUGUGAAUGUCGGAGCAACCAGAGAAUUAAACAGCCGACAUAGCUGUGUGUGUGUGUGGGGGGGUAGAAUAAUGCCCAAAUGUUGUUCUUAUAUUUGCUUGUCUGAAAGUUGAUGAACUGGCUUGGGAGGGGGAAUUAUAUCUCAUAAAGUUUAUGAUUAUGUUUUUCAAAUUUCUCUUUUGAUUAUUUUACUUCUGUUGUAAACCUCCCUGGAAUAUGAUGGACGAGCCUUGUGAAAAUGCUUGGAAUGAGUAAGCAGCAGAAAGGAACACAUCUGAUGUGUCUGCCUGGUGAAGAACAAGUAUUUUCCCCCUAUGAGAGGUGACAUUCAUAAACAGACUGGGUUGCUUGUGAAGGUGACACCCAUAGGUGUUACACUUGUAUGUGGCCGGUUAUGGGAUGGGCCACCUGUAGAUUACUAAACGGUGAGAGAAGGAGUAUGAAUCUUUGGCCUGCUGUAUGUUGUUGGGUGACAACUCCCAUCAUCCUUUAUCCCUGACUGUGCUGGGUAGGGCUGAUGGGGGCAACACCCAACCAUUGCUAAAUUUGAGCCCAAAGCUCUCUGCCCCCCCCAGCACUAGAUAAUGGUUUCUGAACCCCCUUUAACAAGAAGGCUGUUUGUUGUUUCUCCGCAUGAUCUUGGAUCUUGUCUCCUUCCAGCGGGCUGUCCCUGGGAAUAGGCUGGUUUUAUUUCUUGACAUCUCUGGGCAUGCUCUCUAGUUACCUCCUUCCAGACCACACACGUGCCCAGAUUUAUGACUUCUCCAUGUAAAAACAGGUAGAGAGGAAUGAAAAACCCUUGAUGCAUCCAUCGGUGUAGCUGUCAGAUGCCAAGAAAGGAUCGUUCCGUAUUGUCCCCCCCAAAGAAUGCAUGUACUGCUUGGUUUGUUUGAAAGAAAAUAUGGUGAAAAGUUACAGCCUCCGCUUACAGCUCCCUUGAAAGAGAGCAGGAUUAGGGAUAGGAAGCCUUUUUUGUAACAGUGUUCCCUGUUACUUUCAGAGGAGUCCCACCCCAACCUGUAGCUACGCAGCGAUUUCAAACCUGAGCAGCGCCGUAGAACCAGUGUUUAUUUUUAUAUUUCGUUUUAAUUUAACAUCAUGUUCCACCGUUUUGUGUACAAACUCUCUGUCUGAAAUUAUUGCUGUUACAGAAACAAUAUUUUUAUUUCCCUUCCCAGCUGAAAUGUGUUUUUUUUUUUUACCUUCCUCAGACAAGCCAGAGACAUAUGCUGUCAGGGGGGCUCAGCUGCUCCAAGGAGGCAGCAGAAGGUUCUGUUCAAGUUCAUGUCAUUUUAUAUUACAAGCAUCCACUUAGCUAUUUUUUUCCUCUCUCCCUUUCUGUCUUGCAACUGUCUCCUUCACCUGUGUGGAAUGACUUGGAACGAAGCGGGCAGUGAGGAAACGAAAACCAGCACAGGGAGAAAGCAGGCAGGGGACCUGUCUCCCUCCAGAGAUUGCUGGGUUGACAAUCCAUGUUGCCUCUAAUUCUGAGCGAUGCUGUGGCUGUUGGAGCCUUCUGUGACAGUAUGCAGUCAUCAUUAUUAUUAUUAUUAUUAUGGCAGAAAGGGGAAGGAAGGGCACACAAAUAUACAUUGUUUAAAAUGAGCUGAUGGAUUCAAUGGUCUCAAUUCAUCAGCUCAUUUUA